AUGUCGUGCCUCAGCGAGGAGGAGCGAGGCCUGUCGCCGCUUUUCAUGGAGAUUCUCGCUGCCUUGUGGAUGCACAAAGGCAGCCUCGGCGGUUUCAAACACUUCCCUGAGAGGCCCUGCCUCGGGCAGAAGGUCACGCGAGAAGACUUCUGUUCAGGAUAUUCCGACUUUGAGUAUGUUUAUAUGACCAUUCUCGGCUUGGCCAAGCUGCACUCCUUAGUUGAGGAGAUCACGCUGCAGAACAAUGGACAGGUCUUCACUCGGAAUCCAGGCGUCCAACUGCUGGAGCGUGCCUGCGGCAUGACAAUGCACGGGGAUCGCGAAGGAGCGAAUGCCCUGCUUCGGUCCGCGCCCGCCGCGCUUCUGGAGGCCUUUCAAGUAGCCAAGAGCUCUGGCAAAAUGCUGGAUUUCUUCAGGAAUGCCUUCGACCGUCAAGCGGAUCCGUGCUUAGAGGGUCGGACGUCCCGGCUGCUGCAAUACUUGGAGAAGCAUCGCCAUACUGCGACCACCAUGGCUCCAUGGGAGGAUGUCUCACUGCAGCGGCUGCCAAAUGGAGCAUCGAGCCGAGACAUUGCCGGUGAGCACCUCCGCGUUUUCUGCAACGAGUGCACCUGGCUUUGGUCGCGGCAGCGCCGUCUCAGCUACGAGGAUGCCAAAGCAGCAAGGUUUGGCAGCGACGCCAACCUGGCGGAGGACUUUGCGAGGGUUUUCAACGCCCAAACCUUCCGUGAAGCAAUGAGAGCCCGUGGCGUUGUGCGGCGCAGCCCUUCCGUACAGUGGGAGGUCCAGGUGGAGAACGGUUCAUGGGCCGGCUACGAGGCCGAGGCGUCUGCUGCCAUCGAAGCCGCCCACAGCGCCAGGACGAACAUGCUGGAGCUGCGCUUGGGCCCACGAGGCUGGAAGUAUGUGAUCGACCUUGGCAACAAGGUGCAGCUGAACCCCAAGACGCGAAAGUCCCGACCCAUUCGGCGGCAAGAAGCGCCCAUCUCGCCUUCCUCGCCUUCCUCGCCUUCACCUGGAAGCGUCAAGCUGACGGAAGUGGAGCUUGAGGAAGCUGUACAGUUCUUUGUGGAUAUGCAAACAUUGCCACCACAUCCUCCGUGA